AUGUGCGCCUGCUCCGACCCCGACCCGGCCGCUGGGACGCCCUGUACGGAACUUCUCGACCUUGGUCCUUGCAAUCCUUCCAUCGCGCAUCGCCAUCGCGCAUCGGUGGUGGACCUCACCACCACGCUCGCCGGCUCUGCCUCUGGGACGCCCGCCUUCGCCGACGGCACGGGCACCGCCGCGAGCUUCAACCGCCCGUCCGGCGUGGCGGUGUCGCCCGACGGCGGGACGCUCUACCGCGGAGAUUUUGAGACGCUCGCGUCAGGGUGA